AUGGCUGUGGUCGAGGUGCGCAUCCCAGUAGCUGUAGUUUCCGUGGUCGAGGACUCCAUGGUAGUCGUUGUAGUUUCCGUGGUCGGGAUGUCCACGGCAGUCGCCGUGGUAGCAAGUGCAAUCAGCACACCCACUAGGGCUGAUAUACUGGGGUUGGACUUCAGGGAAGGGAACCAGAUCACCACCACUAAGAUUGCGAUGGCGUUUGGGUCGAAACGUAAGUUAGCAGAUCGGAGUGACAUCGAGGAGGAUGACGCCGAUGAUGUUGAUCUCAUCAAUUCCGAUGAUGAGCGUAAUAGCGCUGAUGAACAAGAUGAAUCUGCCGAGCAUGGUACUGCAAAACCUGCUAAAUCCCUUCUAGAUGAGGUAUUUUUUCUUGAUGCACCUAAAGGGAAGAACUCUGGUGGAUCAAGACCCUGGCGAUGCAAACAUUGUGAUAAGAAGUACACGAGUAGUUAUACAAGAAUUCAUCAGCACUUCUUUGGUGUUGGUCCUGGCAAGACGAAACAAAUUGCUCGCUGCUCUGUCGCAAGUGAUCGCGUCAAGUAUAAGAAAAUAUAUGAUAAGUAUCACCAACCUGAGAAAGUACAAGCUUCAGGCUCGGCGCCUAAAAAGCAAUUAGUAGAAGCUUUUGCUGGGGUGGAAAGAGAUGCAGUGGACAUGCAAAUAAUGUUGUUCCUUUGUGCUAAUGGAAUUCCCUUUAAUGUGUUGAGAAGUCCUCAAUACUAUGAAAUGGUAGCAGCCAUCCAGAGAGCACCAAAGGGAUACAAACCUCCUGCAUAUGAGAAAGCUAGGACUACUCUUCUAGAUGCAUGUAAGAGAAAGGUGGAGAAUGAUUUGGCUCCGGUUAGACAAACAUGGUAUUCCCAUGGUGUCUUUGUUGUUUCUGACGGAUGGACAAAUAUGAAGAACCAUCCAUUAAUCAACGUAAUAGCAUCGAAUAGCCGUGGUUCAAUGUUUCUGUACGCAGAAGACUUCUCUGGAGAAGAGAAGACAGGUGAAGCCAUUGCAGAAUUCUUACUGCAAGCCAUUGAGGAGAUUGGCCCUUCCAAUGUCCUUCAGGUCAUCACUGAUAAUGCAUCUAAUUGCAGAGUUGCGGGUGAAGAAAUUGAGAAAGUGCAUAAGCAUAUAUUUUGGUCUCCAUGUGUGGUUCACACACUGAAUCUAGUAUUCAAAGAUUUUGCAAAAAAGUUUGCUUGGAUGGUUGAUACAUACCAGAUUGGGAAAGCAACUGUGAAGUUCUUUAGGAACCACCAGCACUUUCAAGAUCUCUUUAGACGCAACUCCAAGUUGGAUCUUUUGAAGAGGCUUAUGGAUGUUCGAGAGGCGCUCACAACUACCAUUGUCACAAGCAAGUGGAAGGAACUGGUGAAGGCUUGUGAUGUACAAACAAGAGCAGCAGCAAAUGCGAUUGCCCAAAAUAUCAUUGAUGAGACAUUUUGGGAUGAGAUUAAAAUCAUCCUUGACAUCACAAAACCAUUAUACAUGGUAAUCAAGUUCAGUGACGGAGAAGGUCCAAAAUCUGGUGAUAUAUAUGAAAGAAUGGACAAUAUGCUUGGCGAGAUGCAAGAAGUCAUGACAAGGGAAGAUAACCCUCACAAAGAUGAUUGGUCGAAGUAUUAUGAUCAAGCCUAUCUUGCAAGUCCUGCUCCUGGUGGUGGUCAAAGGAAAGCUCCAAAUGAUGACAGUGAGGUUAUGGAAGGUGUUAUAGAGGCUCUAAAUAGAAUUGCAAAAGAUAAAAAAGAGUAUGCUCUUUUACGUGAGGAGCUUAACACCUUUAUAAUGAAGAAAGGUUUGUAUGCAAUAGACGCCGUUCAGGCUGAUGCAGCCACGAUGAAUGCCACAGAAUGGUGGUUCAAUUAUGGCUCACAAACUCCAACUUUAAGUGAGGUGGCAAAGAAAGUCUUGUCUCAGCCAAUAAGCAGCUCCUCUGCUGAAAGAAAUUGGAGUACCUACUCAUUCAUACAUAAUGUAAAGAGAAACAAGCUGAAUGCAACGACAGCCGAUAAGCUUGUCUUUAUUCAUGCAAACGAGCGUCUGAAGAGGAGGUUUUCAGAGGGCUACAAUUCAGGUCCACAUUAUAAGUGGGAUGUUGAGCCUGAGAAUGAUUUGCUGGAGGAUUCAAGCUUGAAGCUUGAGCAGCUGCGUUGGGAUAGCUUGGAGGAUGAAGCAGCUGAUGCUGAACCACCACGCAAAAUUCAGAGGACUUGA